AUGUCCAAUACAAAGGAGCGACCACGGGCGCGGUUUGCUCCUAUCCCGAUCGAGACCACCUUCGAGCGUUACCGCAAGACGAUCCCAGCCGGCGAGCUUACACCGAGUCCGUCACCGCGCUCACCUUCGCCUCGACCCCUCGAAAAACGCAAGUUUGCUCCCCAGCUAGUUGAGUCCUCGGUGCGUCGGUCAAGGCGGGCGGGCGACGAGGGGCCUGCCACCAAGCCGACCGACAAGACCGACAUCACACCUUACACGAACCACAUCUAUGCCCCCAGAGCACGGAGGCGGUUUGGCCAUGGAGGACUGCCAGAGGAGCCGUUGGCACCGAAGGGCCAUGGCAGACGGGAGUCAUGCGACGACGAAAUUGCCGGCGGGGUAUUUGACCUGGUUGCCCGAGAUGCGAAGAGGAAACUGCUGGAGGAGGAGGUGGCCAUGAGUGCUUUUCCCAACAGCGGGCAGAGGACGGGCGGUGCGGAGCACUUUUACGUGCGGGAGGGUUCGGAGGACGAUGGCCCCCGGGGUAGACCAUUGACGAGAGGACCAUGGAACGCCAUGCACUCGCGGCGGAACUCGUCCGAGGAGGACAUCAGCUGGGCCUUCAAGGAGAUGCAGGAGCAUGUCCAGAAGCUCAGCAGGAUGAGGACCCAGUCCCGGAUCGACACGUUAGAUCUUGACAAGAUGAGCAUCGACAGCCCGCCGAGCGACGCCAUGAGCCUGACGAGGAUGCAGAGGACUUCCAUGUCUGGUUCGCCGCUAUGGACAUCACGCCCAUCAUCAGGCUCCCUCGGCCCAAUCAGCGAGACAAAUAUGUCCGUCCUCCGUGCCGAGUCACCUCUCCCGACCAUUGGCGAGUCCACCAUGCCGUAUAUCCCGCCAGAGUCCCCGCCGCUCCGUCGUAUCGGCGAAAGCCACAUGCCCUACAUACCCUCGGCGCCCGCCGGCAAGGCUGCCGACAUGCCGUAUAUCCCGGCGUCCCAGAUUCCCGCCGAGACCAGCUUCGGCCACCACGCUCAGUUCACACCAUACGCCCCGGAGCGCGACAUGUCCCUGGAACGGGCGCGGCAACAACACCGCCUUCGGCUCAAAUCCUCUCCGCCCAUGCUCGGCCAGGAUCUCGUCUUCCGCCGGUGUCCCUCGCCCAAGCAGACCAAGCUCGAGCCUGAUCACCUCUGGGAUGUGGCAACGGGCACCACCAUGAAGGAGGACCACAACCGCGACCCAUCGGAGCAACACGGCCUCUGGCGCGGGUACUGCUACACCACCAACCAGACCGAAAAGAUCGCCGCGGUGGAACGGCCCCAGAUGAUCCACACGCCCCAUCCACUUAACUCUCCCCACGACCCAUUCGCCCAAGAGUUCAGCUCUGCUCCGCUCUCGCUGACGGACGAACCCAGCCCGCUGAGCUCCAGCAGCACGCCGCCAGGCACCGUCUCGGUCCCGCAAACCGCUCUGGCAGCUUUGCCCGAGCAUCGCACCAGGUCCCACGUGCCCAAGGGCUUGCACAUGCUGUCUAACCUGACCAACCUCGACGAGAAGCUGCGCCGGGAGAAGGCCGCCGCCGACCUGGAGGAGAAAAUUGCCGCCGAGUUCACGGACCACUUCAUCACGCAAGUGUACAACUACAUCUCGCUCGGUUACCCGGCCACGGCGAGGCAGUACGACGAGGAGCUGAGCAAGAUCAGCCGGAUCGCGGUGGACGAGCUGCAGCGGGACGACGAGGCUAUUAUGGAGGGUCUCUGGGGAGGUGCAUAUCAUGAUGCGGCUGCUGGGUGGGGGAAGGAAACUGGGGAUGAGGAUAUGAAGAAGGUCAAGGCCACGGGCCAUAUCAUGCUGGACAGCGAGGCGAAAGACGGCGUCAGCGAGGACGACCGGUGUCCCCGGUGGAAGGCGCUCAAGCUGUACAUCUAUGAGUGGGCCCGCCAACACCCGGAUCUGAAUGCCAUCAGCCCGCUGGCGUGGGGCGUGCAGGAGCGGAGGGGGAGUUGGGGCCAGUAA